AUGGAUGAAUUGUCUGAAGGGGUAUCUUGGAAAGAGCCUAUUCUGGGAACUAUUCAGGAUACCAAUCAACAGGUUUGGGUCCUUCAAGGUCAUACCCUUAUAGCAGUUCCGAGAAAGCCCCAAGUGGUCCCAGCCACCAUUGCCUUAAUCCCAUGCAAGUACCCAGACACUCUUGAGAAAGACAGAGGGAAUCCAAUCUAUUUGGGACUGAAGGAGCCAGAGUACUGUCUCUUCUGCACGAAGGUCAGGGGGAAGCCCACACUGCAGCUUAAAGAACAGAAUAUAAUGCAUCUGUACCAUCACACCAAGCCAUUGAGACCCUUUCUCUUCUACCGUGGCCAGAAUGGCAGAACCUCCACCUUUGAGUCUGUGGCCUUCCCAGGCUGGUUCAUUGCUGGCUACUCCAGAGUAGGUGCUCCUCUCUUACUUACCCAAGAACUGGGGAAAGCCUACACCACAGACUUUGGGAUAACGAUAUUAGGUUAA